AUGUCUUCAAACCCAAACAUAUUCAGCUCUUAUGGGGAUGAUACUACAAACUAUCAUGGUUUUGUUCCCAACUUCAGGAAUCAUAAUUCCAAAACAACUCGAUCGAUGUUCACUACCUCUGAUCACAUGAACCAUAGAGGUUUAUUCUCUUCUUCUCCCUCUUUUUCUUGCUACCAAAAUUCACAUGUCUCUUCAUCUUCUUUUGGAUUGAACAAUUCACAUAUGAAUUAUCAUAUGAAUAGUGAAAGUGAUUCUGUUCUUGGUGCUAAUUGUUUUCCUAUUACAAAUAAUCCUCAAUAUUCUCAAGUCUCUUUCACCCAAACAAUUACAAAUAGGUUUUCUGCAAUUGUUCCUAGCAAUCAAAUUUACAAUAUCCAAAAUGAUAUUGCACGUGUCCAACAUGACAUGGAUUUUAAAACCAAUAUGUGGAAUCGUCCUACAUCUUAUCGUCCAACCUUUCUUGAUAAAAACUGUGGGAUCUUGAACCCUAAACCGGUUAAUGCCAUUCCUCACCAAGACUCUCCUUAUCGUCAGCAUCUGGACAUGUUUUCUUCGUCAUCAAAGUACAACCAUGACCUACAUGUUCUCCAAGAAGGUCAAUCGUCAAGGAAAAGCCCUAAACCAAUCAAAUCUCAUGAUAAUUACAAUUCUGAUGAAGACGGGAGAAGUUAUGAUGUUCAAUAUGAUGGUCGGACACAUAGUUUGCCAUAUGAGAAAUACGGUCCAUAUACAUGUCCCAAGUGCAACAGUGUGUUUAACACAUCACAGAAAUUUGCUGCACAUAUGUCAUCUCACUACAAGGAUGAGACGAAAAAAGAAAGAGAUGAGAGGUAUCGUGCAAGGAUUAAAAACAAAUAUCACAAACUAAGCAGCAAUAUACAUGGUGGAUCUAAGAAGAUCAAACUGGAGGCGAUGGAGUAAGUGACAGCGAAGCUUUCAAACAAUUGUGAUGGUAAAGAAAGAGCAUGCUUAAGAGUUCUUUUGUUUAGUGGCUUCC